UGAUUGGGCAGUUUGUUGUUUUUUUUCAACAAAAAUGUCCCACGCUGGCUCGUGAGGGAUCUGUUAAAAAUUCGAUUAGAUGUCACUACUGGUGUUUUGCAGAAUAUUGGGAAUAGGUUUUUCGAAGGCGUGAGAUCGUCCAUCCAAAAUAUUGUGGUUGUUAAUGAAUAUGGUCAGCUAUAAUGGUGUACCUGUGCAGAUUUUCUUGUUUUGCAGACCUGCCAUGACUAUGUGUUUACUUGGUAAAUUCAACCAGCACCCCAACUGUCAGCACACGCUAGUUAGAAAUUUGUCUACAUGUUCUGCAAGAGAAACAGGGUCUUCAUAUAGUAGUAUCAAAAACUGUAAAAUGAUGAAGAAUCCAAAACCAGUUCCAAACAUAUUAGUUAAAGAAUACCGAUUACAAAACAAAAGUAAAUGUAAAAGUAAGAUACAGCUAGAUAAAGAGAAAAUAUUUGGAUUUUGCAGAAUGACCAGUGUGUUCACACCACAAACAGUGUCUGUUCGAAAGUUCUAUUCAUUUGAAGUUUCUUGUACACCAUCUGUAAUACUAAGUCAGAUUUAUCAUGCACAUAAACAUGCACUAAAGAGAGGCAUGGCAGGUCACAGCAAGUGGCAAAAUAUACGUCACAUCAAGGGAAGCAAAGAUGCCACGAGAGCCAAAUUGUUUGAUAAGUUAAGCCGCUUAAUAAGACAAGCUGUCAUAGAAGGAGGAAGUGCUGAUCCUAAACUUAACAGUAAACUGGCAAGUUUAAUUGAAAAGGCAAGGUCUAACAACAUGCCUUCUGCCACUAUUGAUGGAAUUCUGAAAAAGUCAUUGAACAAAAAAACAAGGACAAGUUUAGUAGAAGUAAUGGGACCUGGUGGCUGUAGCUUAAUAGUGACUGUCGAAACUGAUAAUUUGUCUCGUCUUAUUCAUGAAAUCAAACAAACUUGCCGUAAACACAGUUCUUUUAUACUUGAUGAAGGAAGAGCAAAAGUUUUAUUUGAUGAAAAAGUGAUUAUUCGAGUUGGAAAGACUAAAGAUGGUGUUCACAUUGAUCAUGAAGCUGCCUUAGAUGAUGCAAUAGAAUCUGGAGCAGAGGAUGUGCAAGAAACUGAGAAUGAAGAUGGAGUACCUAAUCUUCAGUUCAUUUCAUCUCCUGCUGAGUUUCCAAAAGUAAAGAAAUAUCUUGAGCAGGCCAAGUAUCCAAUUGAGGAAACUGGUUUAGAAUUUUUGCCUCAUGUACGUGUGGCUCUUAGUGAAGAACAUAUGCAAUUAACUGGACAACUGAUAAAUUUACUAGAAGAUAUACCAGAUGUUGUUAAAGUUUUUGAUAAUAUUGAAUGAUUGGAGUUAUAUGUCUUAUGUUUAGUAGUUUUACCUAUGAGUGGUUUCAUUUUUAAAAAGUUUGUUAUAUAAAUGCACAUACAUGUAAAAAGAGAAAUUGUGGAGUAAAAUACAUGCAAUUAGACAAUUAUUCUCUGCAGUUCCUUAGAAGUAAGGUACUAGUGAUUAACAUGUAACAAUAUGUAGAGAAGACAUGUUUAAUUUUUUUCAAAUUUGAUGUGUUUACAAAAUACUUUAUAAAACAAGAACUUGACGUUGUUUCUUUAAUAUUUAUGUAAGCUACAUUUAUACAAAUUAUCUAGAAUUCCCUAAACUCCUAAUCAUUUACAGAGAAAUUUUAAUGUUUACUACAUUUAGCUAAUUACAUCUGUAGAACUACUAGGAUCUCUUGUAAUGCAUCAACUCCUUAUCAUCAAGAAUUAUGUAAAUUUUUAUUGGUUCAUUGUGUAUGCUAUGUCUAAUUUCAUAUACAAAAUUGUAGGAAUGCUCUAACUUUUGGUUAAGUAAAGAAUAUAUAGUUAGAUAACUUUUUUUUUCCAUGCUGUUUUAAUAUCAUACAAUUACGUUUUCCAUAGGAAUUUUAAAUACAAUUUUAUUUAUAUGUGGGCUUAUUUUGUUGUAAUAAACUUUUUUUUUUAGGAUUAUUAAGAUUCUUUAGUAAAACACAAUGUGCAAUAUAAAUAAGCAAGCAAAGCUUACCUGAAGAUCUAAGGUAGAUUAUAAAAGAGAUUUUUUUAGUCUGUUUCUCUAUAUUAUUCUGUAUAUUAGUGGUUAAUUCCGAUAUCUAGAAAUGCAUAUAAAAAAUUCAAAUAUUCCAAUAAAUGUUGUUAUACAACAUGGAAGUUAUAAUGCUGUGGUGUAGUUCCAAUACUGGUUAUGAUCUUAUAUUGACACAACACACAAGCCAGUUGAGAAAUCAUUUUGGGAGAGCAACAUCUCUCCUGUUCAUAAAAUCAAGUAUAAUUCCUACAAAAAUGAUUUCUGUUUUAAUAUGACCUUAUUGAAUAUUUCAGUAUUAUGUUGGGACAGUAAGAAAUUUGUCUUGCUUUAUCAUAAAUCUCAUUACAUUUCAAAAAAGCAUGUUUGAAUUUUUGUAAAGGUAUGCUUUUGUGUUAUGAGUACUGAAACAAUGUGUUUCAUAAUCAUAAUACAGCUUGUAACUUUUUGUACAUAAGUCAUUCAGACAUUAUGUCAUAAACUACUAGACACAGGUUUGUAGCUAAGAUAAUGUUAGCAGCAAAUAUUUAGGCUUAUCUGUUUUGGUGGAAACUCAUUUAUAUUGUUUAGUAGAGAGAAAUUGGUACAGGAAUGAUUAACAUUGUUAUAAUAAAACUAAAAUAUUUUGAAAAGGGAAUUGUAUUUUAACUGAAUAUUCUUUAACAUCAUUAAGUUACAGUGUAUAUAAUUUAUAUGGUAUGUAUUUUUUCAUGAUUCUAAUACUAAAGAAGUAAGUACAAAAAUUAUAAUAAAACUUGUAGGGAGUUUUUAACAGUUUGAGCAUAUACUUUACUAUAAUUUCAAGAUUCUAAUUACUAAAACAUUAAUUGAUAUUUUUGGUGUUAAUUAUCUUCUAACUCAAUAGAAAGGAUAAAAUUGUUCAAAAUAAGUAUGUUACGUAGGGUAAUAUAACACUAAGUUUUCAUAGCAGUGUACAUAUACAUAUAGAAGUGUUUUUUAGAUAUGUAAAGCAAGUCAAAUCAACUUCAGUAGUUUCAAAUUUCAGUUAUAGGAUUUUAAGCAUUACACGAAGGACCAUAGAAAUCUUGUUUCCUUUAAAUUGAAAGGAUAACUAACUGGCAAAAUCAGUGACAAAAAGUCAUUAUCAGAGUUGCUGUUCAAGUAGUAUGUUAUUGAAAUACAUAGAAAAAAAAAGGAAAUAUUUUGACUCUAAUUUCAGCUACCCCUUAAGAAGAAAACUGUGAAUGUUUGCCAUUUUGUUUCUGUUAACUAAGCUGACUGAAAUUAGUGUUGUAGAAUUUAAGUUUUUUUUUUAUUAUUCUGAGCAUUUCAUUGAAUACAUAAAUAUCGACUUCUAAUCAUUGAUCUUACCAGUCCUCCUUUACUGUAUAUUUAUCUAUUUCAAAAAUAUUAGUACGUCUAACGAGAGGAGAUAAAUAAAUACACAUUGCUUUUUUUUUGUUAUGCUGAUUACAACAAAAUUUUAUCUAGUUGUUUUGGAUUUGUAUACAAGAAACAUUUGUCAAACAGUGACUCAUAAAUAUCUAACCAUUUAUCUCUCUUUCAUUACUCUGCUCACAUAUUCUUCAGUCUUUUGCUUUUUUUGUGAAUUUAUUAUAAAGUUAAUUUUUUUACUACAGUUUUUCUUAAGUUGGGGUAUCUUGUUGGGUGACAACAUUGAUAUUUUUCCUUAUUUUGAUGACUAAGUUAAAUUAGUUUUAAUAUAAAUAUUAUUCAGUUGUGUAAGAUUUCUUUCUUGAAAAUUUUUAUUUUAAUCCAACUUCUGGCAAUGGUAGAGCCAAUGGUCUAUUUCUCCUUGUUAUUAAAUCUGUAUUUGAUGUAUUGAAAGACAAAUUUGUCCAUGUUGAUUGCUUAUUGUGAUCUUCAUACAGUUGUUUAAAUGCUUUUGGGAUAAGUUGAAAUUACUAAUUCUAUUUCUAUGUGGGUCUUAUUGAUUAUGAUUUGCUUAUAAUUUUAUUUGUCUGGAUUGUAGCUUUCAGGAUUCCUUGUUUAUUGGUUAGUCUGUUUAAUCAAGUAUGUGUAAAGUUCUCCAAGUUAACACCAGUUGCUUAAAAUACAUUAUCAUGUCUGCCUCAUGUGCCUUUCUCCUUUCACUGAAAUAAUGCAUGAGAAGAUCUGUGUCUUCCAUUGUUUUGGCAAAUAUGCUUUAGUUGGCUGUCAAGGAAUAGUUACUUUAACACAAAACUGUUCCUGCUUCAUAAUGAUCUGAUCCUAAGGCUAUUAAAGAAUCAGUAUUUAGCCAGUUGUUUGCUAAUCUUGGUGAAAUGAUAAUUUUAGUAUUUUAUUCCUUGGAUAAUGUGGUUUAACUAGACUUGCAUGAAAAUUCAGCAUGACCUGUUUUGUUGGAAACAUUCUAGAUAUUCUAAACUUCAGUCUGUUUUAGUCACAGUGAGACCAAGAUUAUCAGCUGGUUUCUAUUUUCCAUGCAAUCUAAAGCAUUUGCUCCUUUCUUUGUUUAAGCUGUAUUAUGCUUAUGUUACUGGAAGUUUAUUGUAUUGAUCAUUCAUUCAUGACUCAUUAACAUUUCUAUGCAAUGUUACUUCACUCAACUUUCCAGACUGAGCUUUGGACACAUUUGAUUACUAAAACAAUUACUCUCCUAAUCUGGAAUUUGAAAAAAUGUAUACAAAACUUUUUACCUUUUUCCAUAAAAGUACCUUUAUCCUUUAAAAGUGCAUGCAAAUAUAAACAUUAAGUCAUUUUAUUUCAGAAACUGAACUUGUAUUUUAUAAAAAAUAUACUUUUU